AGAAGAAAACUAAAUUCUGUCACCAAAUGCUUCUAAUCAAUAAAAAAAUAAAACUGAACCAAGAGAUAGAUAUCUCUCUCUUCAGAUGCAUCUAUUUUACUUUCUAUAUAUCUGUCACUCCCUCACCCAUCUAUCUCCUUCACACCGUCCAUCCAUCUUUGUCGCACUGGCUAACCAGCACGUUGCUUGUCUACGCUCACUACAAUAGUUCUAAUUUGGGGUGGAGGCGAUGGGCUAGCGGCAGUAGUGGCGGCGAUCGGCGAGCGGUGGCGACAACUAAGAUACACAACUGUUGGGACAGAAAUUCUACCAAAGAUAAAAACCAGGGAUGUGAUUAGAUCUACAAAGCUAAUGGAAGUUCAAGAUCGCCUCGUAUUGCCAGAUGAGAAUUGAUCUGAGGUCUUUCUUCUCAUUAUUUUGAUUUCAUUGUCAACUUCAGAUGGCAGCCUGGUUUUCUAUGUAGGUUGUAUUGUCAGAGUUGCUGAUUUCUUACUUACCCAAGAAAAGGUAAUUUCUUCUGUUGGAUGAUACAUUUGUAUAUUAUUUGUCCCUUUGAUAAUUACAAGUAUUAUUUCUCAUAGUUUUGGGACCAAA